CAUCUGUGCGGACCCAUCGGGUGAGGAGGGGUGAAGGGCAGGUCGAGCGGCCGGCCGCCGACAUAGCGAAAGGAACCCAGAUCAUCGUCAUGUCAGGGGAAGUAAUGCGAUCCAGUGGCCCCAGGCGAGAAACCCGCACCCCCACGGUGAUAGAGCUGGAGGGCAUCUUGCGCAGUAACAGAGUUCCACUCAGUCGGAUUGAUCAGGUCUGGCCAAACCUGUACAUUGGAGACAUGACAGUGGCCCAUGAUAGAUUUCAGCUGUGGAAGUUGGGGAUUACUCACGUGUUAAACGCUGCACAUAAACAGCUGGCGUCCAGCGGCUGCCAGGAUUUCUACGGCACUGCUAUGGAUUAUUACGGCAUCACAGCCUCUGACCUACCAAGCUUUGACAUUUCUGCCUAUUUCCACUCUGCAAGUGACUAUAUACAUCAAUCCCUCGAUAUACUGGGAGGGAAGGUGUUGGUUCACUGUGCCUUUGGAUACAGCAGGUCAGCUACCCUGGUUUUGGCCUACCUAAUGAUUCAUCAUCAUCUUCCACUGCUGGACGCUGUCAACACAGUGGCUCAACACAGGCGAAUCUUCCCCAAUCGAGGGUUUUUAAAACAGUUACGCGCCCUGGACUUGAAAUUACAACUCGGAACAGAGGUCUGACUUGUUCAUCUCCAGACAACCGACCUUUACUAGUGAAUACUCAAUAAUUCUGUCUGCAGAAGCCUCAAUGUUCACUACAUGAUCCUAGUGGUAAAAUAACUGAGGAGCUUGUUAGCAAAGAUGGAGUUCAUUUCCAUGAUUAUUUUAGUAAAUCCCAUUGGUAAAUACAUCUGCCAGUAUUUCACCGUUGUAGCUACACUGACACCAGUCCAAGAACAUUGAUCAGACAUUGAAGAUUCUCUGGGCUCAGUGACCAGACAGACCUGGCACUGUGUCUGAUUCAGUUUCAGUUGCAGUUUCAUUUUGAAUAAAUAUUCAAGAUCUCACACAAACUGCAAUGUUCCACCCAGAAGAAUAUCAUCCACAGGUUAAGGAGUCAGUUGUUUGUUGAAAUGCUUCUCUAUUUGUACAGAAUUAUAAUUAUCUGGAGAAAGUUGUUUCUAAUAAAAGAUUAUAUUUAAGA